CCCAUUUUGGGUUUAGCCUUCUUCUACUACCUCCAAAAACUUUUGACCCCACGAGCUUCAUAUCGAAAGUAAUAUAGAAAGCAACACUCCAUUCGAAAGGUGUUCUGCGCCUUAUUCGAUAUUACACGACUGAAAUCAUGGCUGAAAACAACAUUGAUUCCGCCAAUCCGGCGCAACCAAUCUUACCUCAGGAUUCGGCCACCACCAAAGCAGAGAACAUUGAGCGCAAUGGAGCUGCUAUCACAGGUGCCGAUAUCGUUGAACCCUCGAGUCCUCGAAAGCGUGCUAAACCUGACACCGUAGAGAAUGAGCCAGAAGUGCCCGCAAAGAGACAGAAGGGAGUUGCGCCAAUCAAAUCAGAGUUCUUGUUGCGCCCGACUGGAAACAAAGUCGAGGUGCAGAGGUCUGGCGCUGCGGACGAUGAUGCCGCUGAAGCUGCAGAUGAUCGCUAUCAGAAAACUGAUGCCAGGGACUCUCGAAAUAAUAAGAAAAACUGGAAAGACAAGAAGAAAGAAAAGAAGCAAACAGGCCAGAACACGAGCCGUAAGUUUGGCUCGUCGCACGACAAAUUGAAGCUUUGCAACACCCGUGCAUUAUCUCCCGAAUUUUCUCCUAAGGAAUGCCCGUUCGGCGAGAAAUGUCGUAUGGAACACGACCUACGCAAGUACUUGACUCAAGGACGACGUGAAGAUUUGACGACGUUCGGUGGAGCAUGCCCCGUUUAUGAAGUCAGAGGCAUGUGUCCAUUGGGCUGGAAGUGCCGCUUCCACAAGAGCCACUCCGAGGAACGCGAAACCGAGGAUGGCAGGAAAGAGCUUGUUCUUCUGGAGAAUGCCGAACUCAAAGAAAAGGCAGAGAAGGAGGCUGGGCCCGAAGGUGAAGUUGGCGUUGCAAACAUAGUUCCAAAGUUGGAGAAGAUCAAUCUCUCCCGGCGGAGGACCGAGACGCCAAAAUCAGAUGCGUACAUUCAGUGGACCAAUUCCGUCAUGGACGCCGAAAGAAAAUACUACGACCGUAAGCCUGAAGAGAAGGAGGCCGAUCAAGAGCUGGAAGACAGACGCGCGGAGUACCUUGAGCCACCAUUCCGUCCCUCGGAGAAGCGUCGCCUAUACUACGGGCCCGAGACACCCGUACUCGCGCCUCUCACUACACAAGGCAACCUGCCUUUCCGCCGCCUCUGUGUGGAACUCGGAGCUCAAGUCACCUGGUCUGAGAUGGCCAUGGGUCUCCCCCUCUUGCAGGGCGAGAAGGGCGAAUGGGCGCUGAUGAAGGCCCACGAAUCCGAAGUCCGCGCGCCCCGAGUUCUUGAGAAAAACACCGUUGUUCGUGGAUACGACAACUCCAAAGACCUCAAAUUCGGAGCCCAGAUCGCUGCGAAUAAACCCUGGUUGGCUACCAAGGUUGUGGAGGUUCUCACUGCACUUUGCCCUAGUCUCCGUGCGAUUGACCUGAACUGUGGAUGUCCUAUCAACUUGGUCUGCGAAGGAGGGUCCGGAUCGGCUCUCCUUGACCAGCCCAGCAAACUAGAAAACACAUUGCGGGGCAUGAACUAUGUUUCUGGCGAAACACCUAUUACUGUCAAAAUUCGCAUGGGUACGAAGGAUGGCUAUCCUACUGCCGAUAAACUCGUCAAGCGUCUUGUGCUCGGUGGGUUUGAAGCCGUUGAGUCUGGAAAGGGCGCCUCUGGAGUCGCCGCCAUCACCCUCCAUGGCAGAAGCAAACAACAGCGAUACACCCGCAGCGCAGACUGGUCCUACAUCGCCGAAUGCGCCGCCCUCAUCAACCGCCUGAAGCGCGAGAAGUCGGCCCAGACCGACACGAUCCGCGAAGCCGACGCCCGCGACCUCGCCAACGAAGGCCACGUCUACUUCUGCGGCAACGGCGAUUGCUACUCCCACGUCGACUACUACAACGCCAUCGAUAACGCCAAAGUCGACUCCGUCAUGGUGGCCCGUGGCGCCCUGAUCAAGCCCUGGAUCUUCGAGGAGAUCGAGAAGGGCCAGUAUCUGGAUAAGUCCGCGACCGAGCGUCUCGCGUACGUCGAGAAGUUCGCAAAGUACGGUCUCCAGACUUGGGGCUCCGAUGAGUUGGGUAUCGGAACGACAAGGCGCUUCUUGCUCGAGUGGCUCUCGUUCUCGUGCCGUUACGUGCCGAUUGGGCUUUUGGAGCAUCUGCCGCCGAAUAUCCAAGAUCGCGCGCCGUCGUUCAAGGGCCGCAAUGAGCUCGAGACGUUGAUGAGCAGCGAUAACUACAAGGACUGGAUUAAGAUCAGUGAAAUGUUCCUCGGCCCAGCUCAUCCAGACUUCAGGUUCGAGCCGAAGCACAAGUCUAACGCAUAUCAAGACAUUGAGGCCGAAGGAUGA